AUGGAUCCGUAUUCUUUCUGGGCGACCUUCUUCAUCAUUCUUGGAACUAUUCACUGGAGAGCCAGCACCGCGAAUCUUGCAGACUUGGCGUGCGUGGCACGGAACUUUUGGAAGAAUCGAUGUGCCGAUAGCCCAGAGGAAGCCCGCCUGGAGAAGGCCGUACGAGAAUUGCGAGAAAAGAACUAUGUUCUGGCAUGCCGCUUUUUGCAGCAUGCCAAUUUCGUUUCACUGAUGACCGCUCCUCUGGUGCACGGUUCAAAUCAACGAUCGUGUGCCCUCAUCAUGACGGCUUAUGCGAUUUCCUACACCAUGAACACUUGCAUAGCCAAGGGAGUUCUGGUGUUGGAGACUACCGGCCUGCGCAAGGUCGCUAGCUUCUACUACUCCGUGAUGUUUGCAAGUAUUUGGAUGCCACAGUCCGGUGUUUCCGAGAGGGCUUUCCUGCUCUUCCAGGUCAUGGGAAGCGUUUGCUAUGUUGAAAGUGCAGUUCAUGUUCCAGCUAGCCUUGCGCUCGUGCUCGGCAAGUUUUGCCACGUGUUCAUGGUUCACGGCACAGACUUGGACCUCGCGAACUUCCCUUUGGAUCAUGGUGCCUUUGCGAUGCUCAUCAUCGUCAUCUCGGUUGUGCUAGAGCGCACGCAGAGGGAUCGCGUGGCAAUUCAAUUCCGGAAUGCCGAUGCUGAGUCCAUGAUCUUUGGAUUCCGACAGAUGCUUCGAGGCAUCUGCGACGGUGAAGUGUUGCUGGACGAUGGUCUUCGCAUACAGGAAGGUGCCACCUUCCUGAACCGGCUCCUCUCUAGCAGCGAAUGCCUGGACAAGACGAUCUUCCAAGACCUUUUGGUACAG